UGCAUGUCACUGCGCUCCGAGUCGUGCAGUCUGCAGCGGACUCCGUGAGCAGGUCCACCUGGUCUGGUUCUGCCUCCUCUCACUGUGCAACACUGAAAACAAACAUCCUACUCACAGGUGUGAAGUGGAGCUUUUCCGUCACUUCGCUCUUCUCCCCAUCGUCUCGGUGCUGUAAGUGACUCGGCAAGGCAGAAACAGGCCUCCAAACACACUCUCCCACACUCACACACACAAACCACAGAGCUGCCAUCGUCACCUGGAGGCCGUCACAUCUGGACAGCAGUGAGGUGAAAUCUCUUCCCAUCCCCCGGUUCUGAUGGCAGACGGUCGGCAGCCCGAGGACAGCGCCUCACAGUGGGCAUUGCCUGGAACCCAGGACUCCUCCAGUCCUGUUGGAGAGAAUGGUUUUCCCUACAGGACAUGCCAGCCUGGUGCUGCACACGCCGCCACCGCUGCCUCCUACGCCAAAGAGAACGGCUUUAAUGGUGACCUGCCCUCGGGCCAUGAAGUUACUGCAGAGCAAGUGUCUGCGCGCAUCGUGCAGGAGGUUACGGCCGAGGCGGUCGCGGUUCUGAAGGGAGAGCAGGAGCUCCAUCCGGGCACAGCUGUCCGACUCUCCUCAGUGGAAGACUCAACCAAUUUGCCACCUUCCCCACCUCCAUCUCCUGCAGCUGAGCACUUUGGCCCUCUGGAGCAAGAUGUAGGGGAUGAGGAGGAGGCUGGGCCUCUCUGCCGCUUCCAAAAUUCUCGGGAGAGGUGCAAGUUCCUCGCCCCCUCCAUCUCAGUUUCAGUGCCCGAGGAUGAACCCUACUAUUCUGACGAGGAGUACUAUGACCACCCCUUAUUCAGCCCUGAGUGGACACUCUCGGGCUCGUGCCCUUCAGGGCAGGCCGCUGCCUUUAGCCAGAUUGAAGAAGAAGAGACCAUAGAGGCUCUCUCUGCAGCGGAGGAAGAUGAGAACAUUGCAGCAGCAGCAGCUUUAGAGGAGCAGGAGGAAGAGGAGGAGCAGUGGAGUGGGGAGGAGCCUGAGCAAGAACCCAUAUCCAAGCUCUUAGAGCAGGCAGAGGUGGUAGUCGGGGCCCAGACUUUGCCCUAUCUGCAGGCCGAGGACCAAGCACUUACUGCUGGCCCUGGAGCUCCUAACGGGAGCACUGAGGAGGCAGGAAGGGGCGAGUGCCCUGGGAAAGCUGUGAAGAUGGAUGCCGAAAAGCCAUGUGGAGAGAGGACUGCGUCGGUCAGCAUGGACUUCACUCAGUCAGAGGUGCACCCAGAGGAUCUCACCUCUUACCAGAGUGUUGUUCCUGAUAAAGAAAUUCCAGACACAUCAUUACCCAGCCUAAGUGACACAGAUGCUUUUGCUGCUUCACCAAAUGGUCAGAGCAAUGCCAAAGAGCCCACAGUGAAUCCUGAUCAAAAGCCCGACUCACCAGUCAAUAUUGAGAAGCAAGCUUCUACAGAUGCAGUUUCUUUAGACUCAAGUAUGUCUCAAACACAUGAGAAGCAAUUACUAGAAGUGGAAUCCACAUCUACUGGAGACAAGCAGCUAGAUGUUACAGUAAGUGCCAAAAGUCCAGAAGUGCCUGGAAAAGAGUCUGCUAGCUCAGAUAAACAAGGAGAAGAAACUAUGGACAAGUCAGGAAUGUCUGCUUAUUUUGAAACAACAACACUGAAAUCAGAGGAGAUGAGGGGACAAGGUGAAGGUUAUUAUGAGCUUAGUACUUCAUCAGACGAGACUAAGCCUGCCUCUGCCAUUUCCUCAGUUCCAGAAAUUAGCUACAGUACACUGGCUCAAUCUCAGUCUAUAGAGGAAAAACCUGAAAGUCAAAAGGGUACUGAAGAGCAACAAAAGGUUCUCCCAUCCUCUGAACAAAGGGAUGAUUGCAGGCUCUCUCCUGGAAAGUUGGCCUUGGAGCAAAGAAGUUAUUCCCUGAAUAUCACCAUUGGAGCUUUGGAUCAGAGCGGAGGACAAGGGCGUCCCAAAAACUUCUCCCCAUUAGCAACGGACAUCAUGUCUUAUACCAGUGGAAGCCUUGAUGAAUCCACUGACUACCUUCCUGUCACGACUCCGUCAGUGGAGAAACUCCCCUCUUUUCCACCACUCAUCCUGGAGACAUCAGCCUCUGUGACCACUCCAUCGGCUUCUCCACCUCAUGACACGAUAGCUGAUAUCAAGACCCCAAGUCCACAGCCUGAAUCCCCAGGUUCUCCCUUAUCUAAUAAGUUUAGCUAUAAAAAUGGUGCUGUGAUGGCUCAAGAUCUACCUGAAAUGCUGGAUUUGGCAGGUACUCGUACAAGACUACUGUCUGAUAACACUGAUCCUGAGAUUAUAAGAAGGAAAUCAGUCCCUGCUGACAUGCCUGCCCUUGUGAGUGACUCCUUAGCCCAUUUGUUUCAGGGUCAGCGAGUUGCCAAAAGUGAGACUCAAUUGGAAGAACAUGGAUACUGUGUUUUUAGUGAGUACUCUGGUCCCAUGCCAUCUCCAGCAGAUGUUCACAGUCCAUUGGAUUCUCCACCAACACAAAUCUUCAACAGAAUGAUUUCAGAGGAGAAAGAGACAAUUCCAGUCACAAGUGGACAGGAAAGCCCAUUAUCUAAGGUUCUAAAAGAAGACAUUCCGCCAGACACAGAGGAGGAAAAAGAUACAAGAGAAAAAAUGUGUAAGGAUAAUGGUGCAGAGCAGCCAAGCCAACAAGCUGAAACCUUUCCCACUCCAACUGUUACUGUUACGUUGGAAGGAGUGAAGACUGAUCUUGAUGAAGAGGCCAAACUUGCAGCUGAAAAGGAGGCUGAAAUAGCUGAUUAUGAGAGGCAAAUCCGCAAGCUGGAAAUGGAAGACCGACCUUUAAGUGUUGAGGAGGAGAGGGAGCUCCAGGAGCUACGUGAGAAGGUGAAGAAUAAGCCAGAUUUAGUUCACCAGGAAGCCUAUGAGGAGGUAGAUGCUGAGGAUGUGUACCAGCUUACUGGAGUUGCUAAGGACAGGAUUGCUAGACCGAUUAGACCGUCACCAACAUCAUCAGUGGAGAGUGGUACAGAGGAAGAAAAAGUACAUCUUGACACAGAGAAACCUAAACCAGCACAAGAUGCCCAGAAAGAAGAGCCUGCAAAAUUGUCUCCUGUUCCAUCUGUUGAGAAACCCAGUAAAGAUCAUAACCUCCUAGAAUCUGGCAAGGAGAAGGAGACUGGUGAACAAAAAUCACAGCUGGAAAUCGCAAAGGCAGAACAGGUUCCUGUUCCCACUACAGUGACACAAAGUGCAGAAGAAGAAAUAGAACUUGCUGAGGAACCUAAGGAGUACAUGCAAGCAGAAAAAGCAGACAAGCCUUUAGAUUUGCCAAAUGUGCCUGAGAUACCAGAGAAGGUUGAACCACAGAAGACUGAAGUAGUUAAGUCUGAAGUAGAACAGAUUGUAACAGAGCAUGUUGAGAAAGACGAAGGGCCCAAAGUUGUUGAGAAACAUGAAGAGCCCAAAGUUCUUGAGAAAGAUGAAGAGCCUAAAGUUGUUGAGAAAGAUGAAGAGCCCAGAAUUGUUGAGAAAGGUGAAGUGGCGAAAGGUGCUGAGAAAGACAAAGAGCAUAAAGUUGUUGAGAUACACGAGGAGCCCAAAAGUGUUGAGAAAGAUGAAAAAUGCAAAAUUGCUGAGAAACAUGAGGAGCCCAAAGGGGUUGAAAAAGAUGAAGAGCCUAGAGUUUUCGAAAAAGAUGAAGGGCCCACAGUCAUUGAGAAACAUGAAGAGCCCAAAGCUGUUGUGAAAGACGAAGAGCCCAAAGUUUUUGAGAAGGAUGAAGAGCCUGAAGUUGUUGCAGAAGAUAAAGAACCCACAUUUGUUGAGAAAGGUGAAGAGCCCAAAGUUGUUGAGAAUGACGAAGAGACCAGAGUUGUGGAAAAAGAUGAAGAACCUAACAUUGUUACAAAAGACAAAGAGCCUGAAGUUGUUGACAAACAUGAAGAAACUGGACUUGAUGAGAAAGAUGUAGAGACAGGAGUUGUGAAAGAUGAAGAGGAAGAGCAUGACGAGUUGGAAGGGGCAGGGGCAGCAGUACAAGAAACCGUAGAGCCCCGAGCUGCCAUUGAGUCUGUUGUAACAGUGGAAGACGACUUUAUCACUGUGGUGCAGACCAUUGAUGAACGAGAAGUACCUGGGCAUAGUGUACGUUUCUCCACUCCUCCUGAGGAAGAACCACCGCAAAUGCUUCAGGAUGAAGAGGAGGAAGAAGACUCUAUUGAAAUGGCUCAAGAAGCAGAAAUAGAGGCUGCUAGCCUGGAGGAAGUCCAGGAUGCUCCUGAAGCUGUACCCACUCCUGUGUGUCCUCCUAAGGAGGUACCAGAGAGCGAGGCUCCUACCGAGAGCUACGAUGACUACAAGGAUGAGACCACUAUUGAUGACUCCAUCUUAGACAGCUCCUGGGUAGACACUCAAGCUGAUGAUGAUGAUAAGAGCAUGGCCACAGAGAAAACUGAGCCUCUUCCUAGAAGCCCUGCCAAAAAGCCCUCUACUGAGAAACUGGUCAAACAGAAGGCUAAAUCGGGCAGAGCCAAAGGCCGAGUUUCCACUCCGGAACGUAAACCCAUCUGGAAGGAUCCGGGACCGGUCCAUAAAGAGGAGCUGAAGAAGAAAAAAGCUGUGAUUAAGAAGGUUGAGGUCACAAAAAAAUCAGAAAAUCAGAGCCGCUCUCCCUCCAGGAAGAGUGUUUUAAAGGCCGCCGUAAGGCACCCUAGAGCUACCCAACAUCACAUCUGUGCUAAGCGGAAACCCACAGUAUCAGCAGAUGGACGGCUGCCUUUCAGCUCAGUGCGACAUUCCAGAGACAGGGCAUCUACCCCCAGUCCGACAUCACUAACUAAGAUCCCCACCUGUAAAACACGGGCGUCGGCUCUUCCUCAGCCCCGCCCCAACUCCACCUGCUCCUACAAAAAAACAAGCUCAUUGGUGGAGGCCGAAGGGCCCCGCCUCUUCUCAGCAGGCCCUCAAGAUUUCCUCUCAGUUAACAGGAAUUUAGAAAAGGACGGAGGAUCUCGGAGCCCCGAGAAGAGAUCGUCUCUGCCUCGGCCGGCCUCCAUCCUGACUCGGCGCACUCACACCAGUGAACACGAGGAGAGCUCCACCUCCAUCACUAGCUCUGGAUCGACGGCACCACGCAGGCCCACAUCUUUCCACACUGAAGUCAGAGCUGAACACAGGACAGGUCGCUCUGCCAGUAUGACAGGCACCGAGUCUGUGCGUUCCCGCUCUGCUCGCUCCGGGACCUCCACUCCCCGUACUCCUGGCUCCACCGCCAUCACUCCUGGCACUCCUCCCAGCACAUCCUGUCGUACCCCAGGCACCCCGCGCACCCCGGGCACCCCCAAAUCCCUCAGCCUGCUCUCACAGGACAAGAAAGUGGCCGUCAUUCGCACGCCUCCGAAAUCUCCUGUCACUGCAUCCAAGCAGCUGCGUGUCGUCAACCAGCCCAUGCCUGACCUCAAGAACGUCAGGUCCAAGAUCGGAUCCACGGAUAACUUGAAGUACCAGCCUAAAGGAGGGCAGAUUCAAAUUUCAAACAAGAAGUUGGACUUCAGUCAUAUUCAAUCAAAGUGUGGAUCCAAGGAUAACCUGAAGUAUUCACCCAUUGGAGGCAAUGUACUGAUUCAAUCAAAGAAGCUGGACCUCAGUCACGUGACCUCCAAGUGCGGCUCUCUGGAUAACAUCCACCACAAACCAGGUGGCGGUAACGUGCGCAUUGAGAGUGUAAAACUGGACUUUAAGGAUAAAGCCCAUGCUAAAGUCGGAUCUCUGGAUAAUGCUCAUCAUGUACCAGGAGGAGGAAACGUGAUGAUCGAGAGCCACAAGCUGAUGUUCCGUGAGACAGCGAAGGCUCGCGUGGAUCACGGCGCUGAGAUCGUCACUCAGUCUUCGGGUCUGUCUCCUCACCACAUGUCGUCAUCCGGCAGCAUCAACCUGCUCGAGUCCCCACAGCUGGCUACGCUCGCCGAGGAUGUCACAGCUGCUCUGGCCAAGCAGGGACUCUAAAAUAAAAAAAAUUAAAAAAUAAUAAUAAUUAAAAGAAAAUCCUUCACCAUCCUCCAUAAUGCCCAGCUACACCAUCAGCUCCGCCCAUUUAUCUAUAAAUAUAUAUAUACACAGCAAUCCCUCUAGUGGUGUCGUAGUAGUGGCUAACGACCCUCUGAACGUUUCUGGGACACUGCGUUUCCCCUCCGACGUCAUCUCAUCCACAUCUGUCGCCGGAACGAGAGCAGCCACCCGGAGCUGGAGCGGACUUUAUCGCAGAAGGAGGAGGAAUCGGUGGGAAAAAAAAAAAAGAA